AUGGAAUCCUUAUUAAAUCCAAAAUAUGCUCAAUGUAUUACACCUUUAACCCAAAAAGCAGACGUUGAAAAUUUAUCUCCAGAGGGACAACAUAUUAACAGCAUUACGAAUUUGAAUAUGACGGACAUUGGUGAUGAUGUUACUAAUACUAAUAUCAGUAUUCCAAAUAUUGAGAGCGACAAUAAUUACACUAAUGAAUUGACUACAUUUAUAACAAUUGUUCUACAAUACCAACGGCCAGAUUGUGCUCAUUACGAACUAUUUGAAGCAAAUAUUAAUAUUGAUAUCGAAUGCUAUUAUUACGGUGAACCUCCUCAAAUGGAAGAAAAUUACAUGGAUGACGUCACUAUUUCUGAUUAUUAUCAACUCGGAGCUGAUCAACAAUUUAUUUUAUUUCGAGAUUAA